UAUAAUUGCUGCCACGCACGACACGACCAGUCCACUUAGAAGCCUACGAGCAAAAGAAGAGAACUCCAAACUCUAACACCACAACACAACAGACAAGCAUGGACCAGUCACCACAACAACAGCAGUCUCACUCCAAAAGCUGGAGCAUCCAUACCCGAUCGGAAAUUAUAUCCAAAUACGAAAUCGAAGAACGAGUAGGCGCCGGCGCUUAUUCCGACGUCUAUAAAGCCCGACGGCUUUCCGACAACCUGAUCGUCGCCUUAAAGGAAAUCCACGAUUACCAAUCUGCGUUUCGGGAAAUUGAGACUUUACAAAUCCUUCAAAACUGCCCCAACGUGGUCGUUUUGCACGAGUACUUUUGGAGAGAAGACGAGGAUGCUGUUUUGGUUUUGGAGUUUUUGAGGACAGAUUUAGCGGCGGUUAUUAAGCAAGGAAAGAAGAAUGGUAUUAGCGUUGGAGAAGUCAAGAGAUGGAUGGUUCAGAUUUUGUGUGGAGUGGACGCGUGUCAUAGGAAUACGAUUGUGCAUCGAGACUUGAAACCCAGCAAUUUAUUAAUUUCGGAUGAUGGGCGUCUUAAAUUAGCUGAUUUUGGUCAGGCAAGGAUACUCAUGGAUCCUGGAUUUGUUGCUACUGAUGAGAAUCCUCAGCCGUAUGAGCACAACCUUGUAAACCAGGAACCACUUGUUCCGGCAGCUGAGGUCAUUCCUGAGAUGGAAAAGUCACCCCAAGAAGGUGUGGUAAGGAGAGAUGAGUCAUUUAGAGAGAUGAAUGAGUUCAAGGCUCCUGAUUACUUGGAGGAAACAAGUAUCCGGGAUGGGGAUACGUCUUGUUUUGCAACUGGUACAGCAAGCGAUAUAGGAGAUGAUUUCUUAAAGAGUUCUUAUACUUAUGAUGUUGAUGAAGGUGGGGAUGACAGGCAUGCUUCACUUACUUCGUGUGUUGGGACGCGCUGGUUUAGGGCCCCUGAACUACUAUAUGGAUCCACAGACUAUGGACUGGAGGUUGAUUUGUGGUCGCUUGGAUGCAUUUUCGCUGAGCUCUUAACUCUUGAGCCCCUUUUCCCAGGGACUUCUGAUAUAGAUCAACUUAAUAGAAUUAUCAGUGUUUUAGGCAAUUUAACUGAGCAAGUGUGGCCGGGUUGUUUAAAGCUUCCUGAUUAUGGAAUAAUUUCUUUUGCUAAGGUUGAGAAUCCCAUUGGUGUUGAAGCCUGCCUCCCCGGCCGUUCCCUCGAUGAAAUCUCUCUCGUUAAGAAGCUUGUUUGUUAUGAACCUGCUAGUAGAGCCACCGCAAUGGAACUGCUCCAUGAUGAGUAUUUCAGCAAAGAGCCUCUUCCAGUUCCGGUCUCUGAGCUUUAUGUACCUUUAAUAAAUAGUGGGCAAGAUGAGGAUUCUCCUGGUGGGUGGUAUGACUAUAAUGAUAGAGGAUCUGAUUCUGAUUUUGAUGAAUUUGGCCCUAUGAGUGUUACAACCACCAGCUCUGGUUUUGCCAUACAGUUUUCCUGAGUUCAAAGGUGAUGAGGUUUGUUUGUUUUCUGUAGCUUCUUAAAUUCACAAUUUAAUUAUACAGAUUAUGUUAUUCUAUAAUAGUUUUGGACUUCAUGUGUCUAUGUAAUUCAAAAAGAUUUCAUUCUUUUUAAACCAAACACAGAAUAUUAUAUAUUA